AUGGCAUUUGAAGCAUUCCGGGACUCGAUGUCCCAAGAGUCGGCUUACUCGGAGUCACAAAUCACCGCAUGGCUUCAACAUAUUGACUUACCCUCAUCAUAUGAACAAUACAUAUACAAGCCAACGUCCUUUCCGAAAACAGAAGAAUCGUUAAAAGUUCUGUUUCGCGCGCAGAUUACGACUUUUCCUUAUGAAAACCUCUCCGUUCAUUAUUCUCCUACCCAUCUGGUCGAUAUUCACACCGAUGCGCUAUAUACAAAGAUGAUGGGGGCGCUUAGCAGUGGUAGAGGUGGUUAUUGCAUGGAACUCAGCAUAUUUUUUCACCACAUGUUGAGGGGACUCGGGUUCCAUGUAUACAUGACUGGUGUGCGUAAUCGUACACGGACAAAUGGAGUGCCCCAAGGAGAGACUCAAGGAUGGACUCAUAUCAACAACAUCAUCCACCUCCCUGAUGGAUCCAGAUUUAGUGCGGAUGUAGCCUUUGGUGGUGAUGGGCCAACUCUGCCUCUGCGCAUGGACAAGAAUGCCACAAUACACAGCAAUCUAGGUAGCCAAGAAGUUCGCCUUGUUUAUGAUGUACUUCCGAAACAACGGCUAGUGGAGCCAAAAGUAUGGAUCUAUCAAUACCGGAAUGGCGCAGAUAAACCGUGGAAUUCAUUUUACAGCUUUUUGGAAGUCGAAUUCUUUCAAGAAGACUUUGAAGUUCAAAAUUGGUGGGCAAGUGCGAAAACACUACAUCGUUGGACGGUACUGGCGGUAAGGUUCUUGCGACAACGAGAAGCCAGCGAGUAUCCGCAUCAGGGCCGGGGGGCUAUUUGUGAGGAAGAAAUAAACAUUGUUGGCAAGGUGAUGCUGGUGAACAAUCUGGUUAAACUCAACAUGGGUAACAAGACAACGGUAAUCAGGCAGGUUGACUCGGAACAGCAGAGAUUGAGAGCGCUGUGGGAUUACUUUGGUAUUCAGCUCACAGAAGAGGAGGCUGGAUCGAUAAACGGAUGGGAUAUGGCGUUGACCAAUUCCAGCUAA